AAAAUACAUGGGGCAGUUACGAGUGCAGCUGCAAUGGUGGUUUAUUGUACAUGCAUGAGCAUGACACGUGCAUUAGUAAAGAUGGCAACACUGAGGUGAGCUGGGGCUUUGUUUGGGUAAUUUUUCUUGGCUUGGCUGUUACUGGAGCAGCAGGGUAUGCCAUGUACAAGUACAGGAUCCGGAGAUACAUGGAUUCUGAGAUACGUGCUAUAAUGGCACAAUACAUGCCAUUGGAUAACCAACCUAAUAAUGUUGCCCAUGCUGAGAUCUAAAGGCAUAGGGGCCAGGGUAGCAAAGAGCUGCUGUUGGAGAGAGGGGUGUAACAAACUUACUUCGGAAUAAACCAUUACUGGGUGCAAAUUACAACGUCCUAGUUGUUUGUAGCAGCAUUAUUUAAUAUUUUUAAUCUGCAUUUACUGAUAUUUAGAGUGAAGCUUCUUUUUUCUUUUUUGCAGUCUUCGUAAAGUAAAUUUAAGUUGAUUCC